AUGGCAGGAUAUCCGGGUCAGCGUCCCUACGGCGGUGGCCCUCCCGCGCCUCGUCCUGGCCCCGGGCCCGGGCCCGGCCUUGCGCCCGCGCAGCGGGGCCCUCUUCAGCAGUAUGACGGCUAUCAGCAAGAUGGAUAUGGCUACGACUACUACGAUGAUGGAGGCUACGACCAAAGUUAUGGCGGACAGUACCAGGACCCCAACUACGCGGCCAGAGGUCCGCCGCCGAACCAAGGCUACCCGCCACAGGAUUACUAUGGUGGUGGUCCAGGGCCAGGGCCCAAUGGCCCGCCAAGAGGAGGACGACCGCCUCAAAUGGGAAGAAGUGGUCCCAUCGCACGCCCUCCGACGGCAGAUGGUGCUCGCGGCGGAUACCCGCCUCGUGGCGGUCCUGGAGGCCGAGGAGGAUUUCCCAUGGGUCGAGGCGGUCGUCCCGCUCCAUAUGAGCGAUCGGCCAAUUCGGAUCCUGUCGCAAGUCGCUCCCGACCGCAGGACCACGCACCGAUAAGUCCUCCUGGAACCCAAGGAUUCGGCGGUGGCGCUUUCCCGUCAUUCCCAGGGCAGGGCCGUAAGACGGACCUAGAUGCUGAGAAUGCGAUUCUGACCAAGAUGGCCGGAAUCGAUAUCUCGUCGCAGCCUGUCCAACAACGCCCUCCUGGUGGACCUCCAAAUGGCAGAGCGCCACCACCCCGUGGCUACCCAGACCCACGGCGGGGACCUGAUCCGGGCUAUGGGCAAGACUUCCGAGGAGACGGCUACGGCCAGCAAGGGCCUCCGAGAGGCGACUUCGGCCCCCCUUCUCGGAGCAUGACUAUGCCGGUAAACGAGCAAGCACAACGACGCGGGCCUCCGCCACGCCAGGACACAUAUAAUGGACCGGGAGGACCGCCACGGGGCGGUGUUCCCCCUCGGCCUUCAACAGCGCAAGGAAAUCGGCCGCCACCGCAGCGUAUGUAUCCUCCGAACCCGAUGCCUCCACCGCAGCAGCAGCAGCAGCAGCAGCAGCCGCUACCCCCUCAGAAUGGAGGCUACGGUGUAGAGUACGGAGGCGAUCAGGACGGGUACCGGGAUACUAGGGCGUCGUUCGGCGAUGUCUACGACGCCUAUUACCAGCCUUCUCGCAUGAGCAACCAGAGCGCUGCCAGUUACGGCCACCAUGAUGCUCCUGAAUACAACGGCGCGCCCUCGCAUGCUCCUCGUGGUUCUUUUGAACAGCACAUGCGACCAGGCAUCGCCGAGCACACCCAGCCGGGCGCUAAGCGCGUUCCGGAAAUGAGCCGAACCAAAUCGCAACCCGAUCUCAGACAGUCACAGCAGGCCGUCUUUGAGAUGGCCGGCGACGCUCCCCCAAUGCCGCCAUUGGGCAAUGGCUACCAGGACGUGUACCAUCAACCCAACGGUUGGGACCAACCACAGAAGCCGCAGAUGGGGCGUCCUGGCCUGCCCCAGGGACCCUCUCCCAAUCGACUCCCCGAUACUCUGCCAUCUCAUCCGGCUCCAGUCCGACCUGGUCAUAUGCCCAACUCCAUGGUCAAUAUGAAUGACAAGCCCGCCCCUGUGCGCAAUUACGCGGGCGCCCCGGGCGUACAUGUACCGACACCCCCCGCUGGACCUGGCGGUGCACCUCCGCCACAACAGCAAAUGCUCCCUCAGCAACCGAGCAAGGCCUCGCUCCAAGAGACAACACCGGUAACCCAGGAAGAGCUGGAGCGCCUGCGCCAGGUUGUCAAGUCAACACCGAACGAUCAAGAGACCGCCAUGAGAUUGGCGAAGCGAUUGGUAGAAGCUGCCGACGUUCUGGCCCCGAAUCUUGCCGAUCCGAAGAUGAAGACUCGUGCCCGCGAGAGAUACCUCGCCGACGCCAACAAGAUUCUCAAGAAGCUGUCGAACGCGCAAAACGCUGAGGCCAUGUUCUUCUACGCCGACUGCCUAGGCCGUGGUUUAUUUGGACUGGAGCCUGAUAACAAGGAGGCUUUCACGCUGUACCAAUCGGCUGCCAAGGUCGGACAUGCGGCUGCGGCGUACAGGACCGCAGUGUGUUGUGAGAUUGGCCACGAGGAGGGUGGCGGCACGAGAAAGGAUCCCCUCAAGGCGAUUCAGUGGUAUAAGAGAGCCGCCACGCUCGGCGACACGCCUGCCAUGUACAAGGUCGGCAUGAUAUUGCUCAAGGGGCUUCUUGGCCAGCCAAAGAACCCUCGCGAGGCUGUCGGAUGGCUUAAGCGGGCUGCUGAACGAGCCGACGCGGAGAACCCCCACGCAUUGCACGAAUUGGGUCUGCUCUACGAAUCUGCAGCUCCCAGCGAUGCAAUUGUCAAGGACGAGGCCCAGGCCUUCUCCCUGUUCCGACAGGCGGCCGACCUCGGCUACAAAUUCUCCCAAUACCGUCUCGGCUGCGCAUUUGAGUACGGUUUGAUGGGCUGCCCUGUUGACCCCCGGCAGUCCAUCAUGUGGUAUUCCCGCGCAGCUCAGCAAGGCGAGCACCAGUCCGAGCUGUCACUGAGUGGAUGGUAUCUCACCGGCACCGAUAAUGUCCUGCAGCAGAGCGACACAGAGGCAUAUCUGUGGGCGCGCAAGGCCGCCACGGCCGGUCUGGCCAAGGCUGAGUACGCGAUGGGUUACUUUACCGAGGUGGGCAUUGGUGUGCCGGCCAACAUGGAGGAUGCAAAGCGAUGGUACUGGAGAGCAGCUGCCCAAGAUUUCCCCAAGGCACGUGAGCGGCUCGAAGACCUCAAGCGCGCCGGGAAGAACGGACCCCGACAGCGCGAGCGUAUUUCUCGCAGCAAGAUCGGCAAGCAACAAGAGGGCGAGUGUUCCGUCAUGUAG